AUGAACAAUAAUCAAAUGUGGAUUACCGAACUCCUAACAUCUAACUGGUCAUCAUUCAAAAUUUAUCGUCACAAUCGAUCAAGGUACCCAAGCAACACAAAAAGGGGAAAUAAAGGGGAAAAAGGGGGAAAUAAAGCGAACGAGAGGGGAAAUAAAGAAGUAAAGAGAGAAAUCACUUGUAAUGACAGUACUUCAACUAUUACACCAUCGACUAGCAACAUCAAUCAAAGACUUUCAGAUAAUAGUGGAUCUCCUGAAGUGAACCCGUGCUCUCCAAAGUUCGUGAAUCGCAAAGAAAUGAUGAACGACUUGAUGAUGUAUCUAAUGUGA